CAUCAGUCCAGCCAGCGCCCAUAUAUUAUCUGCUUGCGACCAUUAUUAUAGCUUCCUUCGGGCAGUGCGGUCUUCCUCUUUUACCGAUUCUUUUCUUCUAGUUGUAUUCUACCAUAUAAGCUGCAGGAUAUCAGUGAUCACGUACACACAUAUUGUCAACCAUUGAUCAAUUAUUCCUCGUUGAAUCCUUCCUUGGUAGCUCUCUUGGCACUCCCAUCUGCCUUCAUUCUCCCAUUUAUUAGCAACUUUUCACAUUCACCGAUAAUGUCGAGCCAACCUCUACUGCAGACUGCUCCAGGCAAGCGAAUCGCCCUGCCAACCCGGGUCGAACCCAAGGUCUUCUUCGCCAAUGAACGUACCUUUCUCUCGUGGCUCAACUUCACGGUGAUCCUGGGCGGACUAGCCGUUGGCCUGCUCAACUUUGGCGACCGCGUCGGUCGCAUCUCCGCCGGAUUGUUCACGAUCAUCGCAAUGGCAGCCAUGUUAUACGCUCUUUUCACAUUUCACUGGCGGGCGCAGAGUAUUCGGCGACGUGGGCAGAGUGGAAUUGACGACCGGUACGGUCCCACUGUUCUGGCAUUGUCGCUUCUGGCGGCUGUCGUGGUCAACUUCAUCCUCCGUAUGAAGGUGGACUGA